AUGUUCGUCGCAAAAGAAUUUGAAGCCGCCAACGCUAAUUAUGCUUCCUCCUUCACGAAGGGUGAUCUACAGCUGCCCCCACAACGAAAAGACCCAGCUCGAGCCCUAGGCCUAGAAGAAGGCGACGCCCACGUCAUCCGCAACGCAGGCGGGAGAGCCUCAGAUGCAUUGCGCAGUAUCAUUAUCUCGCAACAACUUCUUGGGACUCGGGAGAUCGUCAUUGUGCACCAUACGGAUUGUGGGAUGCUUACGUUCCCCGACGACGCGAUUCGGGGGAAGAUUCGGGAAGAGUUAGGACAGAAUGGGGAUCAUAUUGCUCUUUUGCCGUUUGGGGAUUUGAGACAGAGUGUUUUGGAUGAUGUGAAGCUUUUGAGGGAUAGUCCGCUUGUUUUGGUUGUUCCUAUUACUGGGUAUUUGUAUGAGGUUGAGACGGGGAGGAUUGCCAUGAUUGGGGAUGAUCAGUGA